UCCGGGCAUUCUGUUCUGUGUACACUCAAUCUAGCUGAAGACGGUGAUAGCUAGCUGACUAAUUAACUUUUUUCUUGUAAAACCAGAGAACUUUUCUGUAUCUAGAACGUCUCUAAUGCACGAAGUAGAAGCGACGCCACAGCUAAAGUGUUAGCCAGCUUGGUGAGUUUUAAGCGAAUCGGGGCGCUUCACUUCCGGCACGCGAAGAUGACGUCAGCUGCCAGAUGAAUUUGGCGCGCGCGAGUUGAGCAGCUGAGCGGCGAGCGGAGUUAAAAUGGCCACAGCGAUGUACCUGGAGCAUUAUCUGGACAGUAUUGAGGGUCUUCCCUUCGAGCUGCAGAGGAAUUUCUCACUCAUGACUGAUUUGGACAACAGGACUGAAGAGAAGAAAGUGGAGAUUGAUGAUCUGGCGUCUGAGUACAUGGAGAAUGUGAGGAACCUGUCACCUGAGGAACGUGUGCAGCACCUGAAGAGGAUCGAACUGGCAUACAGCAAGUGUAAAGAGUUCAGUGACGACAAAGUGCAGCUCGCCAUGCAGAUAUACGAACUGGUGGAUAAACACAUCCGGCGUCUGGAUGCUGAUCUCGCACGCUUCGAGAGCGAGCUGAAGGACAAACUGGACUUGAGCGGCCCUGAGAGCUCUGACGACAGGAAGAGCAAAAGUAUGAGCAGAAAGGAGCACUGUGUAUGUGUGUUGUGCUUAGAGAAGAAGAACCUGAAGGACAGAAGAGGAGGAAGUGGGAGAGAGAAGAAUGGUUCUGAUCACGACUCUCCCAAACACAAAGCACAGAAGAACAGUGAUGUCCUGCUGGACGUUCACUCGUCUGACGUCCUGGACAUGCCUGUGGACCCCAACGAGCCCACCUACUGUCUGUGUGCUCAGGUCUCAUACGGAGAGAUGAUCGGCUGUGACAAUGCUGAUUGUCCCAUCGAGUGGUUUCACUUCGCUUGUGUUGGUCUCACGACUAAACCCAAAGGAAAAUGGUUUUGUCCUCGCUGCACACAAGACAUGAAGAAGAAAUGAGGCCUGCAUUCCUGCACUUUAAUCAGAGCUUAUAUUUCUGUGAGACGUUGUGAUUAUUCAGUACAGACUUGAUGUGAUUUUUGUUUGUUUUUCUUUUAUUAAUGCAUAUUAUGCACUGUCCUGUUUGUACCAGGAAACAAUUCAUAGUCAGAAAUUUUCUCUUUAAAUGUGUAUUUUAUGAAUAAAGUUUCUUUAACAUGA